CUACUUCCUUUUAAUGCUUAGUUGGCUCAUUAUGAGCUCUGAAUUCUCCCCACACACUCCUUCCGAAACUCUCAGCCUUCUUCUUCAUAACGCCAUUGAGCCACCCCCAUCUUGUUCUUCUUCAAUCUCUCUCUGAAAUCUCCAUGGAUUCCAACAAAACACAAAACCCACAACCUCAAUCUCUUUCUCCAUCUAUUCGAAGAAGCAGCGUUUGCAAUUCCCCCGAAUUUGAGUUCUGGAUGGUCCGAAACCCGUCUUUCCCUCAACCCAACCUCCUCUCCGCCGAUGAGCUCUUCGUCGAUGGCGUUCUCCUCCCGCUCCAUCUCCUCCACCACAACAUAUCUGACCCAUCAGACCCGACUGUGCGCCCGGACGCCGAGACGAUCGUCUCGGAGCCACCGGAUCCGGAUCCGGAGCCUGGGCCUCCACCAGAGGCAUCGUCGGCCAUAACAGAUUCGACUGCCACGACGUCGUUUUCCUCGUCGAAGAGGUGGAAAGACAUUUUCAAAAAGAGCGAGAAGAAGAGCGAGGAGAACAAGAGCUCAUCGGAAGAGAAAGGGAAGAAAAAGAAGAAAGAGAAGAAAAAAAGCACCAACGGUGCGAGUUCCGCGGAGUUGAACAUCAACAUAUGGCCGUUCUCGCGGAGUAGGUCCGCAGGAAAUGCUGGCACCCGACCCAAAUUAUUUCCCGGAGCUCCCGCAACCCGGAAGGUGAACAGCGCGCCUUGCUCUCGGAGUAAUUCAGCCGGGGAGUCCAAGUCACGAAAAUGGCCCAGCAGUCCCGGUCGGGCCGGGGUCCAUGUGGGUCGGAGCAGUCCCGUUUGGCAGGUACGCCGUUCAGGAUCCACCUCGAAGAACUCCGAACCUGUGGUUCUAAAUACCAAGGGGUCAAGAAGAGAAACACCCGCGAAUCGCCGGAGUAAAACGAGCACCACCACAACCAACACCGGCGGCGGUAGCGCAAAGGCCAGAGUUUUGAACCUAAACGUCCCCACGUGCAUUGGUUAUAGACAUCAUUUGAGUUGCAGGAGCGACGACAAAGCCGGGGCCGGGGCCGAUGCUGGUCCUGCCGCAGACUGCAGCGUCGCUGAUAACGGAGGUGUUGGUAACGCUGCGGGAAGUGGUGGGAAUCUGUUCAAUUUGAGGAGCCUUUUUACUAAAAAGAGCAUGGUAACAUCGCACUAGUAAUAUCUAAUAUAACUACCAUAUACAGUAAAAUAAAUAUUUGCUCCGAAGUUUUAUUUUCAAUCUUUCCUUCUCCUUAGAUUAACCUGUUGCUUUCUCUUAUUGAUUAUCUUUGUAAAGAGAGCUUUGUGGUAAAGCGGAUAGUAUAUAGUGUGCUGGAUUGUAUGUAAGAGAAAAAGCUGUGUUUCUGACUUACAGAUGAAAAGUUAAGGGGUAGAUUGGUGAGUGUGAUAGGGUCAUGGUAGCUAGCUAUUAGAGGGGCAUGUUAUGGUUCCUCUUUGGGUGUAUUGUGUUCUCAAAGGCAUCCCCAAAAUGUUAUUUUGAAAGUUUCUUUC